UGGGCGCUCGCUUGGUCCGGUCAGGCCGCCGGCUGGCGGGCGCGAUGGAGGAGCGGCCGGCGGCGGGCGGGCCCGUGUCCAUUCACAACUUCAGCGCGGCGCUGUGGGAGCAGCUCGUCCACUUCCACGUGAUGCGGCUGACCGACUCGCUCUUCCUGUGGGUGGGCGCCACGCCGCACCUGCGCAACCUCGCCGUGGCCAUGUGCAGCCGCUACGAUUCCAUCCCUGUGUGCACCAACCUCUUUGGAGACACUUCUGACACAACCUCUACUGGGCUCGCUCAGCGCCUAGCCAGGAAGACCAACAAACAAGUGUUUGUCAGCUAUAACCUUCAAAACACGGACAGUAACUUCGCAUUACUGGUAGAAAACAGGAUCAAGGAAGAAAUGGAGGCUUUCCCGGAAAAGUUUUAGCUGACUAGCAGAUGGGAGAAUUUGUAACUUGUGUACAAUGUACAGUUUAAUAAAUGGAUUGGAUUCACUCUU